GGUGGCUCUGGAAAAAAAGGCGGAGGGAUAGAGAGAGAAAGUAAGAGUGGAAGUUGGUUUUGAGACGUUAUCGGGUUUCACCCCUUUCAUAUUGGCCGGAGUUUGGGAACUCUGUUCAAGUCCGGCUAGGGUUUUUUGUGUUGUUUACUUCACAAUUUAAGGGUUUUUCCUUUCCCUUUCAUCCUUGCUGAUACUAACAGACUGUCGAAUUUACUGUAAAAACUCAGACUUUGUUCUUCUUAUGAAGUUGUUCCUGAAUUCCGCGAUCUGGAGUUUGAGGAAUUCCAGAGGAUCAAUUUCGGAAAUUUAAGCGAUGUUUACGCCGCAGAGGAAGCCAUGGUCAGGGUGGUCGCUCAAUCCGAGGAGGGAACAGAAUGGGUCGGCAAUUGCGUCUGGUUCUGCACCGGGCAAUUCCAGCCCUAGAAAUGGGGAGACUACUGUUGGGAAGGACAAAGGGUUGCUUUUUAUUGAAUCUACUCCCGACAGUUUGGCUGCUGAAAAGUAUGCGGAGUUGGAUAAGGAAGCGGUUUGCGACAAGCUUAGCAAGCUUGAAAAUGAGCUUUUGGAAUACCAGUACAAUAUGGGCCUCCUAUUGAUUGAAAAAAAGGAGUGGACUUGCAAGUAUGAAGAACUAAAGCGAGCUUUAGCAGAUUUGGAUGAUGCAUAUAAAAGAGAGAAAUCUGCACAUUUCAUUGCCAUCACUGAAGUGGAGAAGCGUGAAGAGAAUUUGAGGAAUGCAUUGGGUAUUGAAAAGCAGUGUGUGCUUGAUUUAGAGAAAGCCCUACGCGAGAUGCGUUCGGAAUAUGCUGAAAUUAAAUUCACAGCUGAUUCAAAAUUGGCUGAAGCAGAAUCUUUGGUUGCUAGCAUUGAACAGAAAUCUUUGGAGGUAGAAGCGAAAUUGCAUGCAACAGAUGCCAAGUUUGCUGAGGUGAACAGAAAGAGUUCAGAAAUUGAAAGGAAGUCUCAGGAAUUGGUGGCUCAAGAAAUUGCACUUCGACGGGAGCGGUCAUCAUUUGCUGCAGAGCGUGACAUGCAUGAGUCAUCUUUGUCCAAACAAAGGGAAGACUUGCGAGAGUGGGAACAAAAGUUACAGGAGGGAGAAGAAAGACUUGCUGAACUUCGAAGGUUGCUUCAUCAGAGAGAGAAGAGGGCAAAUGAGUAUGAUAAUCUGUGGAAGCAGAAACAGAAAGAACUUGAAGAUGUGCAGAAGAAGGUUGAUGUAGCCAAUUUAAGUCUGAAGGAAAAAGAGGAAGACAUGAGCCGCCGCCAAGCAAGUCUGUCUUCGAUGGAGAAGGAAGCUGAUACAACGAGAAAUAGCUUGGAAUUGAAGGAGAAGCAAUUGAUUGAACUAGAGGACAAGCUAAAUAUGAGAGAGAAAGUGGAAAUUCAGAAACUGUUAGAUGAACACAAGACAACCUUGGAUACAAAGGAAAAGGAGUUUGAAUUGGAGAUGGAACAGAGAAGGAAAUCUUUGUAUCUGGACAUGGAAAAUAAGGCAGCUGAAGUGCUCAAGAAGGAAGCUGAACUUAAACACAUGGAAGAGAAAAUCAGGAAAAGAGAACAGGCUUUGGAGAAGAAAUCAGAGAAAGUGAGAGAGAGAGAGAAUGAACUUGAAUUGAAGUUAAAAGCUUUGAAAGAAAGGGAGAAGUCCUUGAAAGUUGAGGAAAAGGACAUGGAGACUGAGAGGAAGCAAACUCUUGCUGAAAAAGAGAGUUUGCUUGUUCUCAAGAUUGAGCUUGAGAAAACAAGAUCUGAUAUAGAAAACCAGCAAUUGAAGAUUCGUGAAGAAAUGGAGCAGCUGAAAGUAACUGUAGAUGAAAGAUCUGAACAUGCUCGGCUACAGUUAGAACUCAAACAAGAGAUAGACAAAUGUAGGCUCCAAAGUGAAUUGCUGCUAAAGGAGGCUGAGGAUUUGAAGCAGGAAAGAUUAAGAUUUGAGAAAGACUGGGAAGAGCUGGAUGUGAAACAAACUGAGGUUAAGAAAGAACUUGCUGAUUUUGCCGAACAAAAAAACUACUUUGAAAAAAUGAGAUGGGCUGAAGAGGAAAGGUUGAAAAAUGAGAAAUUGGAAACUGAGAAUUAUGUUAGAAGAGAGUUGGAAUCUCUUGAAGUGGCUAGGCAUUCAUUUGCUGCCACAAUGGAGCAUGAAAGGACUAUACUAGCUGAAAAAACUGAAAGUCAGAGAAGCAAAAUGCUGGAUGAUUUUGAAAUCCGGAAAAGGGAACUUGAGUCUGAUAUGCAGAAGAAGCAGGAAGAGAUGGAGAAUCAACUGCAUGAGAUGAAGAAUUUUUUUGAACAAGACAGAGAAAGGGAACUUAACAACAUCAAUAAUCUCAAGAAUGCAAUCCAUCAAGAAAUGGAAGAGUUGAAGGUCAAAAGACAUGCCUUAGAGAAUGAAAAGCAGGAAAUUUUUGCAAACAAGAAGCAGCUUGAGGUGCAGCAUGGUGAAAUGCGCAAGGAUAUUGAUGAGCUUGUUGUUCUUAGUAAGAAGUUGAAAGAUCAGAGAGAACAACUUGUCAAAGAAAGAGAAAGAUUUGUUGCUUUUGUUGACAAGCAGAAGAGUUGCGAAAGUUGUGCAGAAUUAGUUCGUGAGUUUGUGACAUCUGAUCUUCAAUCUUUGGAUGGGAUCAACAAUCUAGAGGCACCUGUGCUGCCAAAAAUAGCUGAGAAUUAUUUGAGGGGGGCUGCUCAUGGCAAUUCUGAGACAGAAAAUAUAGAGAUAUCCCCCAGCGCAGUUGAAUUAGGUUCCCCAGCUUCUGGUGGGACUAUAUCAUGGCUUCGAAAGUGUACUUCAAGCAUAUUCAGAUUCUCGCCCGGCAAAAAGAUUGAAUUUACUGCUGCUCGAGGUCUGACUGACGGAGCUUCCUUGCCUGGGAGUCUUGUUAAUGUAGAAUCACGAAAAACAUUGCCGAGCAGUGAAAAUGAACCGAAAAUUUCUUUUGGAGUUGCAGAAGAUUCUCUUGAUAUCCAAAGAAUUCAGUCUGACAACAGCACCAGGGAGUUCGAAGCUGGUCCAGAUCCAUCAGUUAAUGACCGUAGGUCCCAGCAUUCUAAUCCAAAGGUACAGAAGAGGAGACAUGGUAAGAGAGGGAGGCCUAAAAUUAAUAGAGAAGGGUCUGGGAAGGUGUCUGUUGCAGACCGCCGCAGGGUUAUUGAUGAGGAUGCUUUUGUUGAGAGCGAUGGUCAGCGUGUUAAUGGCAAUAUUUUUGUUAACGAAGAAAGUCGUGGAGAAUCAGGAGCAGCGGUAAACGGAAGAAAGAGAAACCUCACACAAACAUCACAAGCAACCCCCAGCGAGCAUGAUGGUGAAUAUAGUGGAUAUUCUGGUAGCGUCACCGGUGAAGGGCACCGGAAAAGGAGACGAAGAGUAGCACCACCUGUUCAAACUCUUGGUGAAAAACGAUACAAUCUCCGGCGACCUAGAAGUGCAGCUGCAGCAGCUGCUAAUGGAGUCUUGUCUGAUCCCAGCAAGGAGAAAGAUAGAGAAAUUGGUGGACAUAGUAGUCAUGUAGAACAAAUAACUGGUUCUAAAGCCACACGUUCCAAUAAUGUUGAAGUUGCUGGGAUUUCGGUGGAAGAAAUUCGAGAUUCUGAUGCUGCAGGCUCUGCUUCUGAGGGUGCUAAAGGAGAUGGUGGUGAGAUAAAAAGCAUCCCUACUGCCCAUGAGUUUUCAGCAGACAGUCCUGUUAUGUUAAAAGAUGCAACAGUUGCUCAAGAUGGUGUCAGUGACACUGUUGAAGUUGAGUUUGAUACGAGGGAUGAGGUAAAUGGGACCCCAGAAAGGGCGAGAGAGGACAGAUAUGGGGAGAACAAAGGUCAACCUCUCGAAUACGAAGAGGAUGAUGAGGUGGACGAGUUUGAUCACCCUGGUGAAGUAUCCGUUGCGAAGAAAGUGUGGAAUUUCCUUACAACAUGACAGUGCAUGCCCUAAAUGUUCUCUAGGAGUUCUCUACUUUUGCUGCCUAGAGGUCUCUUUUGUGUAGUAGUAGUAGUAGUGUGCAUUAUUUUAGGAGGUUAGUCAAUGACGCCAGCCAAUUUAGAUGAGAGUAUUUUGGUUUUGCCCUUUUGUUAUUAUUAGGGAUGUGGGGGCCUCUAUUGAUUGACAAUUGAAAUGUCGAUAACUGUAGUGAUCAUGGCCACUAUAUGCAAACAGUGAACUGGUGUUUCUUAACUCUGAUUUCGUGAUUUACUUAAUUGUUUGUGUCAAAGGCUUGCUUAGGCCCGUC